AUGACCUCGAACGUGUUAAAGUGCAACAGUUGCAAUAUUGUUAUCAACGAGUUAUUGGCAUUCGUUCAAAACAAAGUGGAAGUUAUGACUGAAGACAGCAUAAUACGAUUGUGUACAACGGCGUUUUCAUCAGAAGAUAUUUUUGCUAAAAACUUGUUAUUUGACUCUGUGAAAACGAAUGUGCGUAAGAUAUCGCGCAAGAAAGACAAGAAAGGGCAAAAGAAUAUUGAGGAUAUAAUAACCUUGUUUAAAGAACUCGAUCCUGAGGCUGUACCGAUUUUUGUUGCAAAAGAUCUACAAAAACUCCCUUCGGUUACAUUCGACCAUAUCGACGUAACAAGGUUGCUGAAAGACAUUUUGACUAUUCAAAACGAGUUAAAUAUGGUAAAGGAAAGAUAUGCCACAAUAAUAAUACCAUGUGCUUCGCUGGUGAAUCACUCAGAGUCCAUGAACUUUGUAAAUGUAAAAGGUGCACAUAAUAUAUUAUUGCGAAAAAGCUUCGACCUACAAAAUCAGGACAGUGGCCCAUUUGGUAUAAUAAAUGUAUCUAAUGAAAAUUCACUCCCGGAGCCGGUAGAAUCAACUGAUAUUGUCAACCAGUCGCAAAGUGUACCGCCAUCUCUUUCGCACAAAGGCCAGUUGGGUACUAUUUCGCUCCCGCAAGUCGAGCCAAGUGUAGCAACCGAUUUAUCAACUGUGAACUAUGCGCGGGACCCGGUUGCGAAUCAGGUUUCGCGUGACUCCACCGCGGACGAGUUAACGUCAGUUGAUGCGGGAAUGGAUAAUAUGCAUAGCGACGAACAGCUGACGCAAUGUAAACAAACAUUUGCAGAUGUUCUUAACGACGGGCGCGGUUGGAAAGAUGAAAAACAAGAUGAAAAAUGGCAAUUAGUGCAAAGGAACAGGUUAGGUAACCGCUUUAUUGGAGUUAAGGGGAAGGCGAUCUCGAAUCCAACUCAAAAAUUUAAAGCUGCCGAUGUUAAAAUAGCACUCUUUAUAAAUAAUGUUCAUAAAGACGCCACAAAUGAUGACAUUACAACUGAUAUAUAUGAAAAAACACAGGAGCAUGUUCAGCUUGAGAAAAUUAAUAUGAAUAGAAAGAAGGACUACAAUUCCUUUAAGGUGUACGUACCAAGACAUAAGAUUGAAAUCUUUAUGGACGAUAAUCUAUGGCCGGAUGGGAUUGGUUUUCGUCGGUAUAUAGAUUUUCGAAAACCGUUGAAUGAAGCAAAUUAUAAUAAAUAA